AUGACACGACAAGACCCUCAACUCUCUCGACAUGUCGAUGCUCAAGGCAGCGGAUCUGGCCAAGCUACCAGAAGCAACGCCGCCUACACAAUACGCGAGGCGCCAUUCGCAGCACCGCGGCCUGUUCGUAUCAUCGGGGUCGGCGCUGGAGCCAGCGGGAUCAACCUGAUCCGCACCCUUAGAAACACGCUUGGCGCUUCAACAUACGAGGUUGUGGUCUACGAAAAGAACCAGAAUGUCGGAGGUACCUGGUUUGAGAACCGUUAUCCGGGAUGCAAGUGCGACGUGCCCAGUCACAACUACCAGUUCACUUGGAAGCCGAACCCGGCCUGGUCAAGCUUCUUCGCCCCCGCAGCCGAGAUCGAGCAAUACUUGUGCCAGAUUUGUGAUGAAGAGACGCUGCGGCCUCACAUCAAGACCUCACACCAGAUCGUAGGGGCGGUUUGGUCCGAGCCCAAAGCCAAGUGGGAUUUGCAGAUCAGGGACCUGGCGACUGAUAUUGUCUUUGAAGACCAUGCCGACUUUUUCAUCGACGCAACCGGUAUCUUGAACAAAUGGAAAUUCCCCGACGUAAAGGGCUUGUCCGACUUCAAGGGUACUUUGAUCCACAGCGCAAACUGGCCCGAAGACUUCGACUACGCCAACAAGACGGUCGCCGUCAUUGGAAAUGGAGCGUCUGGUGUCCAGAUUGUGCCAGCCAUCCGUGCCCACGUGAAGAGACUACACCACAUCAUCCGCACGCCAACCCUGAUCAUCCCGCCUCGCGUUGCAACAAUGAAGAUGAGUCCUUCGGCUUCUCUCCUUGAACAAAUUGAAAUGGAUGAGGAAGAGCGCUUCUCGGCGGCGACGAUUGCCAAGUUCCAGAACGACCCUGCCUUUUACGAGAAGUUCGCGCAGACCCUCGAAAUGGAUUCAAACAUCAAGUUUGCCAUUUCCCUUAUCUCCGGCAGCCCUCAACAGGCGUGGGCACUGGGGAAGACAAAAGAGUUCAUGACGGCGAUGCUAAGGGGUAAUGAGAAACUCUGCAAGCAACUGAUACCCGACUUUCCCCUGGGAUGCAAGCGGCUCACUCCAGCGCCGGGGUAUCUCGAGUCCUUCCACGACCCCAGGGUCGCUCUCCACACUGACGCCAUCGAGAGAUUCGUCCCGGAGGGAAUAAAGCUGGCCAACGGCGAGGUCCUCGAGGUCGAUGCCAUCAUCUGUGCCACAGGCUUUGAUUCUUCGUUCCGCCCUGCCUUCCCGCUUGUUGGGCGGCACGGCAACUUGCAGGACAUCUGGUCCGAGCAAACACCAAAGGCCUACAUGUCCCUUGGUGUUGCAGGCUUUCCCAACUACUUUAAGUUCUUGGGUCCCAACGCCCCAAUUGCACAGGGCGACGUUCUCACACUCAGCGAGCACAUCGCCACAUACAUCGCCAACGCGAUCCGCAAGUGCCAGACACAGGGCAUCCGUUCGAUUGCCCCGUCGGAAGCCGCCGUCGAGGACUACUUUGAGCACACCACCACCUUCAUGCCGCGUACGGUCUUCGCCGGGGGUUGCAGAUCCUGGUACAAGCAGGGCGAGGUCGAUGGCCCUGUGACGGCGCUGUACCCUGGCAGCCGUGCUCACUUCAUCCGCCUGCUGGAGCACUUCAGGGGCGAGGACUGGGAGUACACGUACGAGAACGCGAGGCAGAACCGGUUUGCAUACUUGGGCAACGGAUUCACCGCGCCGGAGAUGGCGAUACUCAAGGCUGGAGUGCCUAGUUCGUAA